AUGGAUGGUCUGAUUGCGAUGCUGCCGAAGCCGAUUCAGGCGCUUUCGACGCACCAUGACUUUCAUGGACAGAAAAUUGCCGAAAGAAUUUAUCAGGUGGUUAUGACGAUUGCGGGAUUCAUUGGAUUCAUCAUCGGAUAUAAGAAUCAGCAGCUCUCGCAUGCCAUCUUCUUCGUUAUUGGCGCUGCAGUGCUGACGGCUCUCAUCAUUCUUCCACCAUGGCCAUUCCUUUUCCGCAAACACCCGAUUGUGUGGCUUACGCCGAAAGCAGCGCAACAGGAAUCGAAGAAAUCGAAAUAA